CUUACAGCUGCAAGUAUCUGCCUUCAGUAGCAAUGGAAACAGAGGCAGAAUCAGAUCACCUUAUCUUCUUUGUAAAUGGCAAAAAGAUAAUUGAGCAGAGAAUUGAUCCGGAGACCAUGCUCCUCCCUUAUUUAAGAAAGCGACAUAUCCUUUCAUGUACUAAAUAUGGCUGUGGAGAAGGUGGCUGUGGAUCCUGUACAGUGAUGAUAUCAACUAUUCAUCCCAUCUCCAAGAAGAUAAUACAUUUUUCAGCCAAUGCCUGUUUGCUACCUGUCUGCUCCCUGCAUGGAACAGCUGUCACCACAGUGGAAGGAAUUGGAAGCACCACCACCAGACUCCACCCAGUACAGGAAAGAAUAGCAAAAGCUCAUGGGUCUCAGUGUGGGUUCUGUAGCCCUGGAAUAGUGAUGUCCAUAUAUGCAUUAUUGAGGAAUCACCCGGAGCCAACCAUGGACCAGAUAUAUGAAGCUCUAGGAGGAAACUUGUGCCGUUGUACUGGAUAUAGGCCAAUUGUUGAAAGCUGCAAGACCUUCUGUGAGGAGGUAAAUUGCUGUCAACGCCAGGAAAAAUGCAAUGGUUCUAUCCAAAAUGGUCCUGUGGAAAAUCAAAUCUCAACAUUAUUUAAUACAGAGGAGUUUCUGCCUCUUGAUCCAUCACAAGAGCUAAUAUUUCCUCCUGAACUGACUCUAACGGCUGGAAAAAACGAACCACAGACAAUGGUUUUUCAAGGUGAAAAAAUAAAGUGGAUUGCUCCGAUCACUUUGGAGGAACUUCUGGAGUUGAAGACCCAGUAUCCAAAAGCCCCAAUUGUUGUGGGAAAUACUAGCAUUGGUAUUCAAAUGAAGCAAAGAGGUGUUUGUUACCCAGUUCUUAUUUAUGUUGGGAGGAUUGCUGACCUCUUUGUGGUGAAGUAUACACAUGAAGGAAUAUCAAUAGGAGCUGCAUGCACCCUCUCUAUGCUGAAGGAAAUAUUAAAUGAUGCAGUAUCUCAGCUUCCAGAGGAAAAGACCAAGAUAUUCCAUGUUCUUCUACAGCAACUGAAGACUCUAGCAGGACAGCAAAUCCGGAAUGUGGCAUCUCUAGGUGGACACAUAAUUAGUAGAAAUGCAAACUCAGACCUGAAUCCUGUCCUUGCUGUAGGCAAUGUGUCUCUUUACCUGAUGUCAAAAGGACGAUCUCGGCAUAUACCAUGCAAUGACUCUUACUUCCAAUCCACAGAAAAGUUGCCCGUUCUCUUUCCUGAAGAAGUUUUAGUGUCUGUCCUUAUCCCAUAUUCCCAAAAGUGGGAAAUUGUAUCAGCCUUCAGACAAUCACAAACUAAGAUGAAUUCUGCUGCUAUAGUUGUGUCUGCGAUGAGGGUCCUUUUCCAAGAGAAUACAGACCUUAUCAAGGAUUGCAAUAUCUUAUUUGGGGGCAUUGGAGAAAGCACUGUAUGUGCUAAGAAAACAAGACAGGGCCUCAUUGGAAGACACUGGGAUGAGGGGAUGCUAAGUGAUGCCUGUAGACUGGUCCUGGACGAGAUUUCAUUGUCUCCCGCUGCUCCUGGUGGGAAGGUCGAAUACAAGAGAACUCUAACUAUGAGCUUCUUCUUCAAAUUCUAUCUCAAGGUUUUGCGUGAGCUGACGUCUGUGAAUUGUCACAGUCCUUUGGAGAUAUCGGGGGAUGGUGGUGUUACAAACUCACAUAUUGCCAAACCAAGUGCCAAACAGAGGUAUCAGAAUGUAAAGCUUAACCAACCUCUCCAAGACACCAUUGGAAGGCCAGUCAUGCACCAAUCCGCCAUGAUGCAAGUGUCUGGAGAAGCUGUAUAUUGUGAUGACAUGACAGCAGUUGAAGGAGAGCUGUUCAUGGCUUUGCUGACCAGCCCAAGAGCUCACGCCAAGAUCAUAUCAAUAGAUCUGACAGAAGCAUUGAACAUGCCCGGAGUCUGUGAUGUUGUAACAGCGAAAGAUAUUCCUGACACAAACGAGUUUCGUUUUAUUGAUUGGGAUGAUUGCUUGUUAGCAGAUGAGAAGGUGCUCUGCGUUGGAGACAUAGUAUGUGCCGUUCUGGCUGAUACACCAGCACAUGCAAAGCAGGCAGUGAACAAAGUGAACAUUGUAUACGAAGACAUCGAACCGGCAAUUAUCACCAUUGAGGAUGCUAUAAAACACAAUUCCUUUCAUACGCCAGACAAGAAAAUACAACAAGGAAAUGUCGAUGAAGCUUUUAAAAAAGUUGACAAUAUUCAUGAAGGUGAGCUUCAUAUCGGAGGCCAGGAGCAUUUUUACAUGGAAACCCAGAGUGUUAGAGUUAUACCCAGUAAGGACAACAAGGAAAUGGACAUCUACGCAGCAACCCAAGAUCCAUCAUUUAUGCAGGGUCUUGUGGCAUCCACUCUCGGCGUCCCUUCAAACCGUAUUCACUGCCAUGUGAAAAGGAUUGGAGGAGCAUUUGGUGGUAAAAUUGUCAAGACUGCUCACCUUGCAGCAAUUACAGCCGUUGCAGCUAGAAAGACUAAACAGGCUGUUCGUUGCAUAUUGGAGCGAGGUGAAGAUAUGUUAAUCAAAGGAGGCCGACAUCCUUAUAUUGGGAAAUAUAAGGUGGGUUACAUGAAUGACGGUAGAAUUAUGGCAGCGGAUAUUAACCUGUACAGUAAUGGCGGAUGUUUUACAACUGAAUCAAUCUGUAUAAUGGAACUUGCGGUGCUACAGAACACCCAUGCCUACAAUAUUCCCAAUCUGAAAUGCCAUGGAAUGGUUUGCAAGACAAACCUUCCAUCAAAUAUCGCCUUCCGAGGUUUUGGGUUUCCCCAGAGUGCCCUAAUAACUGAAGUGUGGAUUGAAGAAAUUGCAGCCAAAUGCAAUUUGCCACCACAUAAGAUCCGAGAAAUCAACAUGUACAGGAAUGUGGCCAUGACUCCUUACAAGCAGGAGUUUGACACUUGCAAUCUGAGAAGGUGUUGGGAGGAAUGUAUGGAGUCCUCGCAGUACCACGCCAGGAAGGAAAAAGUUACAUGGUUCAACAAACAGAAUCAGUGGACUAAAAAGGGCAUAUCUAUUAUCCCUUUACAUUUCCCAGUUAGCUACAUAUUGUCCUUUCAGAAUCAGGCUGCUGCUCUGGUUCAUAUCUACGUCGAUGGAUCUGUGCUUGUGUCACACGGCGGUACUGAGAUGGGACAGGGCAUUCACACUAAAAUCAUUCAGAUUGCCAGUCGUGAACUGCAAAUACCGAUUUCAUACAUUCACAUCUGUGAAACCAGUACGGCCGCAGUCCCCAACACGCUUGCUACAGCUGCUACUAUUGGAACUGAUGUUAAUGGACUGGCAGUCAAGAAUGCUUGUGAGAAACUUCGGAGACGCCUUGAACCUAUUGUGAAAGGAAAUCCCACCGGCACCUGGGAGAAUUGGGUGAAAGAAGCUUUUAUUGAAAAAAUUAGCCUAUCUGCUACUGGAUAUUUCAGAGGUUAUGACACAUACAUGGACUGGGAGAAAGGAGAGGGCCGCCCCUUCCAAUACUGUGUUUAUGGUGCAGCCUGUUCAGAAGUGGAAAUAGAUUGUCUAACAGGAGAUCACAAGAACAUCAGAACUGACGUUGUUAUGGAUGUCGGAUGCAGCAUUAAUCCUGCUUUAGAUGUGGGACAGAUUGAAGGAGCAUUUGUCCAGGGCAUUGGAUUGUUCACAACAGAGGAGUUGAAAUAUUCCCCAGAAGGAGUUUUACACACCCGGGGACCUGGACAAUAUAAGAUCCCAACUGUCUGUGAUAUACCACAAGAGUUCAAUGUAUCACUGCUGUCUUCAUCACAAAACCCUUAUGCUAUCUAUUCAUCCAAGGGCAUUGGAGAGCCAGCUCUCUUUCUGGGUUCUUCUGUGUAUUUUGCCAUAAAAGAUGCAAUAGUUUCUGCCAGAAAAGAAAGAGGGAUGUCUGAUAUUUUCACGCUGAACAGCCCUGCUACCCCAGAGAAGAUUAGAAUGGCCUGUGCUGACCAGUUCACAAAGAUGAUUCCUAAAGACAAUCCUAAAUCAUUCAUCCCAUGGGCCAUUGAUAUUUGAAUAAUAAUGAUACAACCAUACCUGUCUCUACAUUCAUAGUCCAAAAUAAAUAAAAGUACAUUCUGAAUUCAAAAAAAUAUAAACUUUAAA